UCUCUGCUUACUUUAAGAUCAUAAAAUAUCAGUUCCGGUACAACUGUACUCCAGAUUCAAAUGUCAGUCACUUCUUUGCUUCAUCUCCUCCUACUCCUCUUCCAUCAUCGCUUUGUCAACAAAACGAAGGAUAAAAAAAAUCUUAAAAAAAAAAAAUUCCUCAAUUUUAAAAAAUAAAAAAAUGUCAGCUAUGACAUUCUUUGCUUUAUCAUUUAAAAAAAAACGUGGUACAGAUUAAGCGGGUAAAAUAAAAGAAUCAUCAAGAGAUUAUUGCUAUCUGAAAUUUUUGCUAAAUAAACUCGCAACAAUAUAAAUAUUUUGUUUUAUAAAAAUGAGUAUAUUCGUGUAAUAUCUAUAGAGCACAUGUUAUAUAACAUAUUUGAUGACACAUAUAGUAAACAGUCUUUUAUAUUCUCAUUGUGCUUCGAUAAAUGGAGCGAGACAGUUACGAAGAAUAGUUUGAUAUUACGUGUACACACAUGAUAUAUAUAUACAACAUGCGAAGGGUACUUGAGUGAAUUUUAUCUCUAUAUUGCAUCCGAUAAAAGCCAUAUUCUAAAUAAAAGAGUAUCUAAAAUAUUAUGUACCCACUACUCCGUUCAAUUCCUUUCUUCAAUAAACCCCGUGUUGUACCAGUAGUCUAUUCUGAGUUGCAGAGUCUUCAUCAUUCCGCGGUUUAGUUUUACUUAAUUUUAAAGAUCUAGAACAUAAAUAUAUACAUACAUUCACACAAAUACAUACCUUCUUAUAUAUUUAGUUUUCAAAUUAAACUAAUUUAUCUUUUCGUGAUUCAGUUGCCAAUUUAAAUGAUUCAAUUGAUAGAUAAAUUAAAUUUAAAUUUAAAUUUAAAUUCGUAAAGCUGUGUUUUGAAAAUGUGUUACAAUGACCAAAAAUUUUAAAUUCCCACUACUAAAUUACUUUAUUGAGUAUUUGCUGUAUAUUUAAACAUUACUCAUUGGUAAUUCUCUACAUUACAGUCAAUAGAAUAAUAAGACUCAUUAGCAUUAGCGAUUCAACGGACUAGACGUUAACGUGGUUUGUGCUGAGCUGCACUUAGUAUUGCACUUUGUCCAUUCAAUUUAUUUUGUUAGAUUGUAGUUGUAAAAAGUUUUACUUCUCUCGCGUACUGACUCGUGGAUUGAUUGGCAAUUAAAUACGAGCCGACACGGGAUAAUUACUCGCGAUGCCGCGGUCGGGUAAAUUGGUACUGGGAAUAGACUUAGGAACUACUUCUGUUAAAGUUAUAAUAUUAUCUCCGGAAACAAAGCAAAUAGUUGCUAAUCAGUCGAAAGAAACUCAGGCCAAUGUGCCAAGUGAUCUGGGAAUCGAAGGUAAUAAGCAGGAUGUGCCAAAAAUAUUGUCCGCUGUACAUAAUUGUGUGUCCAGAUUGCCCAAAGAUUUGUUGAGACAGAUCAAAAGUAUCGGAAUAUGUGGGCAAAUGCAUGGAGUUACAUUAUGGAAAACAACAGGAUCACCUGAAAAAGAGGAUGGAACUUUCAAACUAGAGAUAGAUCGUCAGAGCGUAUCGCAUUUAUAUACAUGGCAAGACGGACGAUGUGAUAAAAAUUUUUUAAACACUUUACCGCAAUCUAGAAGCCACUUGCCAGUACAUACGGGCUUCGGAUGUGCUACUUUAUUCUGGUUUGCUCGUAACAAACCAGAAAAGUUGCAGAAGUACGACAGGUGCGGCACCGUGCAAGAUUUGCUGGUAAAUUUAUUGACUGGCAGCGAUGAGAUUGUUAUGAGUACACAGAAUGCCGCUAGCUGGGGAUACUUUUUGACUGAAGAAGCCCAGUGGGAGACAGAACUGAUGGCCAGUGAUAAUUUUCCAGUAAGAUUACUACCCAAGAGGAUUUUAAAACCUGGGCAAGUUGCUGGGAAAUUAAUCUACCCUUGGUUUGGAAUUCCCGCUGGUGUUCCUAUUGGUGUAGCUCUUGGUGAUCUUCAAUGCUCAGUCCUUGCACUGCUAAAGCAAAGUGACGAAGCAGUAUUAAAUAUAUCAACAUCUGCCCAACUUACAUACGUCCACCCUUCAUUUAAUCCGAAAGAUUUUACUGAAUCAGGUAGUAUCGAAUACUUUCCAUAUUUCAAUGACAAAUAUUUAGCAGUCGCUGCUUCAUUAAACGGCGGAAAUACUCUCGCAACUUUUGUAAAAACUCUACAGCACUGGGCAAUGGAUCUAGGAUUUUCUGUCCCUCAAUCAAAAGUUUGGGAUAAAUUAAUAGCGUUGGGUCAAGAAGAUUCGGCCAUAAGUUCAAUGGAAAUAGAACCACUUCUUCUAGGUGAACGUUACGCUCCAGAUAAAACGGCAUGUGUUACUGGAAUAACAUUGGAUACUCUUAAUCUAGGAAGUGUUUUCCGUUCACUUUGCUCUGGUAUCAUUCACAAUCUUCAUAAUAUGAUGUCACAGGACUUAUUGAAAGAAAAAGGUAUAAAACGUAUCGUAGGAAAUGGAUCUGGAUUAGUACGUAAUCCAGUGUUACAAAAAGAAGUUAUAAAUUGGUAUAAAUUACCCUUAGAAUUAGGAAAUUCUGGAGAUGCAGCAUUCGGCGCAGCUCUUGCGGCUCUCACUUAA